AUGCUUAGAGCCACAAACAUUCUCUACCUCACCUCGUUCUUUCUCCUCUUUUCAAGUCUUUUCUAUAGGGGGGAGAGUUGUUUCUUUACUACCAAAGUUAUUGUCAAUUUCGUCAAUUAUCUUCCGCAGAAUGACUCUAAGCCACUAUACGUGUAUUGCGCGUCCAAAGAUGACAAUCUCGGAAAUCACACGUUGGCGGCUUAUGGUGACAGUUGGGGCUUCAACUUUUGUCCAAUCCCUUUUACCACCUUAUUUUACUGCGACCUCAAUUGGGGCGAACUGUUCAUGUCUUUACAUGCUUACGAUGCUAAAUGGAUUUACAAUCCUUGUGAUAUUUAUGCUCAAAAAAUCGAAUGCACGUGGAACGUAGUUGACGCCGGAGCUAACUUACCAGGAGGCGAAUAUCAUCCAUGGGAAGCAUAUCAGUAA